UUCCUUGAUUCUGGACAAGAUAUCCGCGACGACCAGUAGUGGCAUCGGCGCAUCGCCUCCUCCCCUUCCUUCUCUUCUCUCUCCUAGUCGUCGCCGGCGGGGAGCGAGCGAUGCUGACCUCGGGGCUGCUGCGGCCGGUCGACGAUGCGCACGCGAUCGACGAGGCGGCGCUGCUGCGCUACGCGGCGGAGCACGUCGCCGGGUUCCCCUCCCCGGCGCGGGGGCUGGCCCUGACGCAGUUCGGCCACGGCCAGUCCAACCCCACCUACUGCAUCGAGGCCUCCGCCCCCGGCGGGGUCACCGCGCGCUACGUGCUGCGGAAGAAGCCGCCCGGCGCCAUCCUCCAGUCCGCCCACGCCGUCGAGCGCGAGUUCCAGGUCCUCAAAGCUUUGGGCACUUACACUGAUGUUCCUGUCCCUAAGGUGUUCUGUCUUUGCACUGAUGCAAGUGUAAUUGGAACUCCUUUCUAUAUAAUGGAGCAUCUAGAAGGACUAAUAUACCCAGACAACAAGUUGACGGGAGUAACUCCAACUAAAAGAAAGACUAUAUAUCUUGCAGCUGCUGAAACUUUGGCUGCUAUACACAAAGUUGACGUGACUGCAAUUGGACUGCAGAAGUAUGGGAGAAGAGAUAACUAUUGCAAAAGACAAGUAGAAAGAUGGGGGAGGCAAUAUCUCUCUUCCACUGGUGAAGGGAAGCCUGCUCGUUACCAGAAGAUGCUUGAUCUAGCUCAUUGGUUGAAAGAACAUAUACCAAAAGAAGAUUCAUCGGCAGGAUUUGGAACAGGUCUUGUUCAUGGUGAUUACCGUGUUGAUAAUCUUGUUUUUCAUCCAACAGAGGACCGAGUUAUUGGUGUACUUGAUUGGGAACUAUCUACUUUGGGUAAUCAAAUGUGUGAUGUUGCAUACAGCUCUUUGCCGUAUAUUAUUGAUGCAACAACUAGUACAGGUUAUUCUUAUGGUGGAUUUGAAUAUACUGGCAUUCCAGAUGGCAUUCCCCCACUGGAAGAGUACCUCGCUGCAUACUGCUCUAUCUCUGCAAGACCCUGGCCGGCUGCAAGUUGGAAGUUUUAUGUUGCCUUUUCGCUUUUUCGAGGGGCAUCUAUAUAUGCAGGAGUAUAUCACAGAUGGACUAUGGGUAAUGCUUCAGGUGGUGAGCGUGCUAGAUUUUCUGGCAAGAUUGCUAAUGCUAUGGUUGACCGUGCCUGGGAUAUCAUAAAUAGAGAAAAUGUCCUGAGAGAACAGCCUGCUAGGGGUAUGCAUGCCUCAAAUGGCCCAUCGCAAGAAUUCCAAAGAAAGCAUGAAGGAUCAAUUUCGACAAAAGAUCAAGGAAAAUUUGUUCCUAGUGAAAAGGUUAUGCAGCUUCGAAACAAAUUGAUGAAGUUUAUGGAAGAUUACAUAUACCCGAUGGAGAGUGAGUUCUAUAAACGCGCACAUUCGACCUCAAGGUGGACAAUUCAUCCAGAAGAAGAAAAACUAAAAGCCUUAGCAAAGAGAGAGGGACUAUGGAACUUGUUUAUUCCGCUAGACAGUGCUGCUAGAGCAAGAGAGCUUCUGUUUGAGGACAUGUCUCAUGGUUCUCCUGGAAGUUCUGAGGAGCUUUUGCUAGGUGCAGGUCUCACAAAUCUUGAAUAUGGAUAUCUAUGUGAGAUUAUGGGCCGUUCAAUUUGGGCUCCACAAAUAUUUAACUGUGGUCCACCUGAUACAGGCAACAUGGAGGUCCUGUUGAGAUAUGGGACUAAGGAGCAACAAAAGCAGUGGCUUGUUCCUUUGUUGGAAGGGAAAAUUCGUUCUGGAUUUGCAAUGACAGAACCACAAGUUGCAUCUUCAGAUGCAACAAACAUCGAGUGUUCAAUAUCAAGGCAAGGAGAUUUCUAUGUGAUAAAUGGAACGAAAUGGUGGACCAGUGGGGCUAUGGAUCCAAGGUGCCAAAUUCUUGUAUUAAUGGGGAAGACAGAUUUUUCUGCACCUAAACAUAAACAGCAAUCGAUGAUUUUAGUUGAUGUCAAAACACCUGGAGUGCAGAUAAGGAGACCGUUGUUAGUAUUUGGUUUCGAUGAUGCACCUCAUGGGCAUGCAGAGAUUACUUUUGAGAAUGUGCGCGUUCCAGCCACAAAUAUUCUCCUUGGGGAAGGCCGGGGUUUUGAGAUUGCUCAGGGAAGACUAGGCCCUGGAAGAUUACAUCAUUGCAUGAGACUAAUAGGGGCAGCAGAACGUGGCAUGAAUUUGAUGGUCGAGAGGGCCUUAAGUAGGACCACUUUUGGAAAAAAGAUUGCGCAACAUGGUUCCUUUUUAGCAGAUCUGGCGAAGUGCCGGGUAGAACUGGAGCAGGCUAGACUUCUGGUGCUUGAAGCAGCCGAUCAACUUGACCGACAUGGGAACAAGAAAGCUCGUGGUAUCCUUGCAAUGGCCAAGGUGGCAGCUCCAAAUAUGGCCCUGAAAGUGCUUGACAUGGCAAUGCAAGUUCAUGGUGGUGCUGGUCUCUCAUCAGACACAGUUCUAUCACAUCUAUGGGCAACUGCUAGGACACUGAGGAUCGCCGACGGCCCUGAUGAAGUUCAUCUUGGGACAAUCGCUAAGCUGGAGCUGCAAAGAGCAAGGAUGUAGUCUCGCGUCAUCAGGAUGCCGCCCAGAUUUCAUGAAUAAUAAAUACUAGGGGAGAGGGAAAUCGUUGUGUAACAUGUCCCCGUUUUUAUUGAACGAAAUUGGAAAUGACACUACGAUAGUUGUCACUUGUAUAGAAUGGUUGAUAUGUGGCGUGAAAUUUGUGGAUGUUGUACUGCGGGUAUUACUUCAACUGUUAGCUAUUGCA